CUCUCACCUAUUUCGUAAAGUAUGCUUACCUAUGGUACGUUUUCCUGUAGUCAAAAUUAUUUUUUUCAAAUGGUACCGCCCAAUCAGAUUAGGUCUUCAACGCGCACCAUUGCAUCGUGGUGUGCAUACUCUGUAAUUGAUCCUUACCCUACGCCCAAGGACUACUCACUCCCUUUCAACUAUUUCUCAUCUCACGUUCCAGCAGAUGACUAACGUCGAAAUAAUGAACUUUCGCGUUCUCUAGAUGUUUUGUUCCAGUUAUCAAGUUAGCCAGUGGAUAGUUUAAUGAAUUGUAUCUUUCUUCAGUUUGAAUGUAGGUUAUGAUGCUAUUCGGUCCGACAAGGUUGCUAAUAUAAUCUAGCUUUCUGUGUGGUUUUACACUGUUUGUUUUUGCAAUUGGACUAAAACUUCCUCUUAGUGAUGUGAGGAGAAAGAUCCAGUUACUGUACCAAUUCGAUCUGCAUAUCAGGGGGGAGGCUCUGAGGUGUGGCGGUACCCAGGGAGGGGACACACCUGUGACAGCCUGCUGCCGCGAUGGACACCAAGGACAGGCAGCGGCGCUCUCUGGGCCGCGGCGGCAGCUUCAGGAGGGACCUCCGCUACACCGCCUCCACUCUGGACGUGGACGAGUGCUGCGUGGCCACGCAGAAGGCCUACAGGACGAGCGAGAUGCUCAAGGCCUACGAACACGAGACCCGUCUGCACUACGGGGGAUAUGUGGCUGAGCUGGUGCAUCAUGAGAGACAGGAGUACGUCAGACAAGGGAGCUUCACGUUGGCGGAGCUGGGCCUGUGUGAGCCCCCGUCCCAGUCCAGCACGUUCCACUCGCACCUGGACCUGGACCUGGACCAGCUCCCGCACGGCUGCGCCCUCAGUGCUCUCAGCUCAGACGACGACAACGACUCCGACCCCGAGGAGGCCAUGACCCCUGAGCGGGCCGUGCGGCUGUGGGGCGGCGGCCGCGACCUCAAGUCCCACUGCAGCUCGGGGCUGUCCAGCAGGGACAACUCGGCCCUCACCCUCACCGACUCCGACCACGAGCACCACAAGUCUGAGGACGAGUCCGCAUACUUUGAUGAUGAGGAUGAAGACCCAUACAUUGACUACCUCUUCAGUAAGUGCUCGUCAUAUUUCUGUUAACGAGUUAAACUAUUUUUGUCUGUUGUCUCUGUGUGUGUGUGUCUGUGUUGUACAUAUUUUUUUUGUGAGGAGUAUGUUAUUUUUUAUACAACUAUAUUUAUAUAAAUAUACUGUAAUUAUAUUUUUAAGUUAGUAAAAAAAAGACUGAUUAAAAAAUAGAGAAGUGUGUUCAU